AUGGAUACCCUGAUAUGGCUUUCGACUUUCGUCGUCCUGACGGCGACUGCACCUCAAGGCGCAAAUUGGAUCAGCCCGGCGCUACCUUUGGCAUCGUUACACCCUCCGACCAACGUAGUUACCACGGAAAGAAUCACGCAACUUUCGAAUGUCCAGCCGUUUCAGUUCCAUGAUGGCAAAUCAAGACCCGAAAUUGCUGUGCUUGAGACAGAGAAAACAACCCGAAAACGGCAACUUCCGGGACUUGGAGAUUUCAGGUUCGCGGGUCACAACGCUUCUCCUCGGCCGAUCCUCUUGGCCCCAAAAGUUGGGGAAGCUGCAUUUGUCGGGUCAAACUUGAAAGCGGGUACUGGAGGAGUGAGCUCUAAUAUCGAGCCCCGAAUCAGCGUAGAUCCCGUCAGCAAUCAGUUCGCUAAUUUAGCCACUUCAGCGUCGAGUCAUUACACCCACAAACAUUUUGGUAAUUAUCAACACCACUCGGGCCAUAAUCACAAGCACGGUCAUCACCACGGACAUCAUCACAGUGCGAAACACGAGCAUCACGAGGAUCACAAGCACAAGGAAAGUCACGGUCAUAAGCACGGACAUCACCAUCAAGAGGAUCACAAACACAAGGGAGAUCACAAACACCAGCACGGGCACGAACACGACGACAAGCACGAUCACGAUCACAAGCAUCAGCAUAAGGGGGAACACGAACAUCAUCACGGUCACGAACAUCACUCGAAACACGAACACCACGAGGAUCACAAACAUCACGGGGAGCACCAUCAUCACCACAAGCACCAUCAUCACAACGAACAUCAUCAUCAUCACGAGCAUCACCACGUGAACGAACACCAUCAUCAUCAUUCUCACAAGCAAACGGAAACGCAUCACCACCACCACGGACACGAUCACAAGGAAGACCACGAGCACAAACACGACGAGAAACAUUCCCACAAACACGGACACGAACACAAACACGGACACGAGGAGGAGCACAAGCACAACCACCACGAAGAUCACCAUCAUUCGCACCACGAGGAGCACAAGCACGGGCAUCACGAAGAUCACAAGCACGAUCACCACGAGGAACACGAUCACAAGCACGGUCACGAACACAAGCACGAUCACCACGAAGAGCACAAACACGAUCAUCACGAGAACCACAAGCACGGUCAUCACGAAAGUCACAAGCACUCGCAUCACGGGGAUCACAAACACGGUCACGAUCACAAACACGAUCACGAGCACCAAGAGGAUCACAGCCAUCAAUCGGAACAUCACCACAAGCACCACGAAGUUGAAUUUCACAAGCGUCACGCGGGUCACGUACACUUCGCGGAUCAUUUUGGAGAGUCGAAGAACUACGAGGCGUACGCGUUUCCAGAAUCGGGGAGCGCCAGUGCGACUACUUCCGCUCCAAUUAUCCUCGCAGCCAUCGGCAAAGACGUACUGGUUACCGAAGCCACACAAGCGGUCGUCAAUUCUGACAUUGAAAUGUCGCCGGAAGCGACCGCCGUGUAAAUAUAACGAUGGAUACAUUAGGGAUACAUGCACGUGCUCUUGCCAGGACUAACAUGUGAAACGAAAAAUAAUUGCUCUGUUUGCAUCGAAGGACGAAAUUCGGUAACCUGAGCAUCGGACCACGGAAAAGGACUUUUGGGUAAAUAUUGACAUUGAAGAAAGCGAGUGGUUUCGCAGGUCCGCUUUUUCGCGGGUCUGCGGGAUCACCGGCUUAUAACGUCGAAGAGUUUACUGCGAGGUGUCAGAAACUGGAGGAUGGCUCGGCUUUACUGCAGCACCCUAAGCUCGACGGGCGCCGCGUGGUAUCCUGAAAAUAUAUUUGCGGGGCCAUGAGAAAAGUCCAGCUCAUUUCCUGCCUUACGAAUGUCUCCGGUCGCUGGUCAUCGCGAUAGGUACGAGCAUCGAUCGCAUAUUCAUCUUCUCAAACUGCCCGUAUAGGAGGACUAACCGCGCAUAGUUAUCGAAUUGUUUGGCGAGCUUAUGCUGCGCCGCAGUAUGUUUCAAACCCGUGAGAAACUUUGAAAACUGAGAAGUUUCUCGUCGCCAAAAACGUCAACAAGUAUAAAUUUACCGAAUUACCCUGGGAUAAAUUUAAACAUCGGGAUCACGAGAAAUUACCAAGUCGAAACACAUUACCCUUAACUCCUUCCUUUUUCCGUGUGCUUUGCCACGAGGACAUGCGAAAUUGUAAAUGAAUUUAUUCAGCAAUAAUA